AAUCCAGAACUUGAAAAUGAAUUGGCUGUUCACAGCACAGAUACAUUAGAGUACUACACAGACUAGCUUGCAGCGCUCCCAUUCAUGGUUUCUUUUCUCACCUUCCCCUCUAAGUGGAUCACUCAGCCUGCCCUCUCUUACAAAAUCAACCCGCCUUUAAUUGAGUCCUUAUCCCUCUCCUCCUCCCCGUCCACCUUCCAGUCUCUGCCACAGCCACUUCUCCCGCCUCCUCCAUGGCUCAUCGCCACGUCUUCUUCACCGGUCCCGUUUCAAAGGGAGUCGCUGACUUCCGAUCCUCCGAGCUGCGCAUCGUUUGAGCUCAUCACAGCCUCGCUUUCCUCGGUUCAGAGGUGGCGCAGAGGUCAUGAGGUCACAGCGUUCCCCACGGCGUGGAUUUGAAUUUGUGCUGUCUGUGAUAACUGUCCAACUCAUCGCAGGGUCGACUGGGUUAGUCUGCUACACCGCUGUGGAAUCGCUGGACUUAGGUUGCCUCCUGCGGUGGGAUUGUCCCCAUGCCAGUCCUAAUAUCACCUACACGGUGCAGACAAAGACUCAGGGGGAUCCCUGGCAGGACGUCCCGUGGUGCGUUUGGAUCUCCUCCCGGAGCUGCGACGUCUCCCAGGUCUUUUCAAACUUUGAGCUCUACAACAUGAUUCGCCUUGGAGUCCACCUCAGCCCCAGCUCCAUUGUGUGGAAUAAGCCACACAAGUUUGACUACAGCGACUUCACCUUCAGCCCUCCGUCUGUCUCAGUCUCUUUGAACAACGACAGCCUGUCUGUGAAGGUGCAGUUCCCCUGCGCUACCAGCAGGGGGUGCUCUCGUGACGUGUGCUGUCCCAUCUCGACGCUGAUAGACCCCUGGACCACCGUCACCGUGUUCAAUGAGCUCAACCGCUCUGACAACCAGAGCCGCACGGUUUGGACUCAGGAAGUGGUUUCCGUUGUUGAGUUCUCGGGUUUGUCUCCGGGUCAGAACUACUGUGCCGAGGCCAACUUCUCCUUCCCGACCUUCUCCAUGGCUGCUUCCCCCAAAUCCGCUCUGGGGUGUGUUGAAACUGGCUCCAGAUCAGGGAUGCUGCCAAUGCUGUGUCUUGGAACUGGUCUGUCCUUUGUGUUCCUUCUGUUGUUUCUCAUGGUGUUUCUGCGAAAACCCAGACGGGACCGACCGGCCCCGGACAAUCCACCCAAGGCCCUGGCAACUUCUCAGGACGUGGAGUCUUUGGCUCCCCCCGUCUGUGACCCUUGUGACAUCCACCUGGAGCUAUUAGAAGGCCACGGCUCCGUCGACUGGAACGUAGAAAACAAAAGCUCAAGCCACCUUGUGCAUCAUGAUACCAGCAGGGGUAUGGUAUGUUGUCACAAUGGAGGACAGAGGCAGAAAAAAGGCUUGGACUCUGGUGUAAGGAAUCCCACUUUGUCCCACUUCUAUGUGGAGACGUCAGACAAAAACUGAAACGCAGUGACAUUUAAAAACGGUUUUCAGUAGGCUCGCUUCACACUGGAUUAGGAACACCUCAUGAUCUCCCGGUCUCCCUACUUUGCCAGAAAUGUUUUCCACAGCUGCUUUUUCUGUGGAAACUUCCUACAAAAGAGCGAGGUUCAUGCACCGCCAGCAUCAGGAGAAAACACAACCAGGAUUUACCUGAGUCUAGUUGCACACCCCACCACCCCCCUGCCCCCUCACUGUCUUCAAAUCCAACAAAACUGGUGUCAAAACGUUUGAGGGGUAAAACAUUUUGCUUGUGCUGCUAUCAUUUUAAAGAUUUUAGUAAAAAAAAGUUUCCAGAGGUCGUCAUCAACAUCUUCCAAAAUCAAAAGCAGCACAAAUGAAAAUGUUUGCUGCACAAACGUAGCCGAGUUGUCAGAUGUUGUAAUUGUAAGCAUGGAUAGAAGGUUGACCUCUAAUGACCUCUGAUUACUGUUUUUUAUCAAUAUCUAUAGAGCGACAGCGGCACAAAUGAACCAAAGCCAGCACAAACGUAGCACAAACAUUUGACACCCAUUUUGUCAGAUUCGGGUGACGUGGGUCGGCUGGUUGACCUGUUGACCUUUAAACUUUCACUAAUUUCUUCAAAGUAGAAGCAGCACAAACAAAACAUUUUUGCUGUACAAAGGUAGAUGAGUUGACUGACACUGAUUUGAAGAAAGUUAGGGGGUUUGGUUGACCUUUUAUGACUUCAGGGAACAUUUAUUAACAUCUUUAAAAUGAUAGCAGCACAAACGACAAGUUUUGCUGCACAAACCUUUGACAGAAGGUGGGGGAGGAACUUCAUUCAGGUUCAGGAUUUUUAUCAAAAGAUAAGAGGAUGCAGAAUAGGGAGGUUUCUGUACAAAGUGCCUUCCUGAGUAAAUCUCUUUUUUUUUUAAGAAGAAGAAGAAGAAACUCUCCAUUUUGGUGAACCAGCCUAUGUACAAUUUGGAGGUGUGUGUUCGCCUCUCCACAUCUCAUAACCCUAUUCCUCCAGUAAUGUGGAACGCAGAGUGCAAAAUGAAGACUUUCUUGGUGACCUGUAGGUCUUCAGGAUGGAAAAUGACCCACACUUAUACUGCCAAAUCAGUUACAAAGUGGCCUGAGGACACAAAGUCAAUGUCUGGAAGUGCUAUAGGCCUUCAACCAUUUGGUUUACUUUAUCGCUGUGGCCCGGUUCUGGUCCAGGAAAUACAUCUGUAAAUUCACUACUUGAUGUGUUUCAGUGACAAGACUCUAGGUUCACUCUACUGUAGAAGCUGCAUGAAUAUUUAAAACACAACUCCAUGAGCAGAAAAGCUUUUAAUCGAGACGGUCAACAAUGACUCGUUUUACAUAU